AAAAGGGAGGGGGGGGAGACAUGCUGCAGUAUAUGGUGCCCGGGGUUAAUCAUGAAGUCUGCUCUGAUUGGCUCAGAUAAAUUAUCCUCUUGCCCAUUGGUUAGGUGGAGGAAAUUCCAACUUCCGAAUGGUACCACGGUGCAUCCUGGGUGUUGCAGUCUCUAUUCCUGGCUGUCUCCGGGUCGUACUUUCGUUUCCCAGAAUGCUCGGCGGGAAAAUCGGGGUCUGGGUAUUGGCAGCUGAACCCGAAGCCGCCGCUUCCAUAGCAGCGGGUAGUGAGUGUCUGCCGGGGUGCGGCGUCCAAGCGCGGCCGGGGCGGCUCGGCGUUCCCCGUGCCCGCCUCCGAUAGCCCCCCGCAGCGUCCCGAGAAAGUCAGUGCUGGUCCCCGCCACCCGCGGAGCCCCAGGGACUGGCAGGGUCCCGGUGAACGGUUGAUGUCAGUUGGGUUCGGAUCCCUGAGCCGCUGGGCAGAGCCCAAGGGGACGAAAUGGGGACCCCGACCGACUGCGCCCAGGCGAGGCUGGAUACCCAGGCGCCGCCCUUUGGCGGACGGACUAACGGAGGAGCCCGGAGCCGAGACAGCAACCACGUUAGCAGUAACGAUGGCAGCGUUGCCGCCUGCAAUGCUCUGCUGUUUCCAGAGACCGCUGCCCACGUUUCUGAGUGAGGAGAAGUUCUCUCACAAGUCCCCAGAGGUGAGACAUUGUUGUCUUGGGAAACACAAGUGUCUAGUACCCAGAAAUACAACUGUCAUUGUCCAGAACACAAGUCAGAAUUAAAUUGAUAUUGUGACUCAGGGUGUGGGGUAAUGGCUACAACUCUGGGCACACAAGUCCAGGCCUCAGUGGAACCAGAGGGACUCCUGAUAGUAAAGGUGGAGGAAGAUUCCUCCUGGGAACAGGAAGCUUCUCGACUGAAGGAAGACGCCGACUCAGAGAUCUUCCGUCAACGUUUUAGGCAGUUCCAUUACAGAGAGGCAGAUGGGCCUCACGAAGCUUUCAGUCAGCUGUGGGAGCUCUGUUGUCAGUGGCUGAGACCUGAGACCCGUACAAAGGAGCAGAUUCUGGAGCUGCUUGUGCUGGAGCAGUUCCUGACUGUCCUUCCCGGAGGCAUCCAGGGUUGGGUUAGAAAUCAGUGCCCAAUGAGUGGGGAGGAAGCUGUAGCCAUGGUGGAGAACCUACAGAAACAGCCCAGAAAUCCACUGCAGCAGGAAGAGCCCUCAGAGGAGACGGAGACUCAGGGAGGAGGACAGGGGUCCUCAGGCCCCACACUGGCACAGGGGGAGACCCAGGCCAAGGGGGUAUCUCAAGAGGAAGGGGCAUGGAGCCGAAACCCGGAAACAGACUCCCAGGAACAGAGGAGCCAUGGCUCUCAACCUGCUUCUCGGCUUCCUGCCCUUCUAAAGGAGGGGAGCACCAGAGAGAUGGUGGAUGCUUUCUUUUCUUCUGGGAUCCAUGGACCAAUGACAUUUGGAGAUGUGCCCUUUUAUCUCUCUCGAGAAGAAUGGGGGUGUCUGAAUCCUACUCAGAGGGACCUCUUCUGGGAUAUAAAACGGGAGAACUUCCGCAAUAUCUCUCAGGGUUUGGGGAGCCAGAGCCAGAAUGAGAAAGCUUCCUCCCAGCCUAACUUGAAAGAAGUAGAGACGUUGCCUGGAAGAUCUGCAGGUGAUUUGCCCUGGAGCACUGAGGAAGGUGAAGUCUGGGAAAGUGAGAAUCAAUCUGAGAGAGAGCUGGGGCAAGAGCGCCCCAUCGGGGUGAGGAGAGGUCGCCCUCCCACACGCCAGAGACAGUUCCGAGACUUGGCAACUGAGAAACCUCACAGCUGCCAGCAGUGUGGGAAGCGCUUCCGUUGGGGGUCAGACCUGUCACGGCACCAGCGUACACACACAGGUGAGAAACCUCACAAGUGCCAGGAAUGCGAGAAGAGUUUCCGUAGCUCCUCAGACCUUGUUCGCCACCAAGGUGUCCACACAGGUGAGAAACCUUUCACCUGCGCUGAUUGUGGCAAGAGCUUCAGCCGAAGUGCAUACCUCACUGAUCACCAGCGUAUCCACACUGGUGAGAAGCCUUAUGAGUGCACUGAAUGUGGCAAGAGCUUCUCUCUCCGCUCCUACCUGCUGGACCACCGUCGAGUGCACACUGGUGAGCGUCCCUUUGGCUGCAGUGAAUGUGACAAGAGCUUCAAGCAGCGGGCACAUCUCAUUGCCCACCAGAGCCUUCAUGCAAAGAUGGCACAGUCAGUGGGAUAACCAUGGGUCUCUCCAUGGAGGGGGAAUCUCCAGGUAGAAAGGAGAUUCUAAAGGGAGGCAACAAAAGAUUUCUUUGACCAUCCAGCGUCGAAGCUGGGACCCGUGGCCCGUCUGAGCACACUCCAAAAUAUCUGGACAUUUCCCUUUCCAAUUGAAGGUCAUUCUUUUCCCCUUAGGAUAUCAUGAGGAUCUCCUCAUCCUUCAUUUCCCUGAUGGUUAUGUUGCAACUCUUAACACCCAUCUAUAGCAAAUAACUGCUUCAGUCAAACAAAGAAAACUUGACUCUGACAAGAAACUACUAUUUCCUUGGUCCCUUUAAACUUCAACUUCAGAAAUAGUUGUGGGACAUAUACAUCUAUCUAAAUUCUCCCAAACCAAGAAAAUAAUUUUACUAUCUUUAAAAAUUUGUUUAUUUUUCCUUUCUCUUUUGUUUUGUGUUCUUUCCCAUCUUCUUCCCUGGAGCCUGGGAAUAUAUACUAGUUUGAAGGGAUAAGGACAUACAGAGAAAUGCAGGGAAAUUGAGACGGCUCCCUUACCUCUCCAUACUUAGUACAUUUUGCAGAGAACUGCCUCCUCUACUUUUUUGCCCUUAUUUCUGUGGCUAUCUUUUGUAUCCCCCGCUAAGUUCUCCAUGUCUUUCUCAAGUGAUUAAGAGUCCAUGAGUUCUUUAGUAGAGUCAUCCUUGCUCUAAAGAAGGGGAGGAAAGUACACUCCAGUUGACAUUCCCAAGAUCUUACUAGCCAUGAACACACUUUUAGAGUGUGUUGAAAUUGUAGGAAUUUUAGUUUCAUUCUUCAGGACAUUCCUGUUGCUUACUUGCUAGAUGAUCUGAAAGAAUUCCUUUCCCCUCUGGCAGUUUUUUGAUCUGUAAAAUGAGAGGGUUAGAUCAGAUAAUUUUUUUUUUUUUGUAAAAGGUCUUCCAGGUCUGACAUUCAGUAGUAAUAAGCUAUCUUAUAAGUAGAGAAGUAAGACACAAGAUAGUAGGAAGAAGAGAAUGAGGAUUAUGGCCCACGAGAAUUUUGGGCAUUGCCAUUGCUCCUCAACCUGUACUGGGAGAGGGUAGACUUCUUGGAUAUAAGAAAAGGGAAAGAAAUGGACUUGGAUAGGCCCCUAGAUCUCUGUCUUUGUUAACAUAGCAGAAAUUAAAGGCUGACCUCAAGAGGCUACAUAAUCCAAACCCUUGUAAAAACCAACAUAGCUGCAGUGUAAUGCCUGAUGUAGGAGUCACUUGAUCUAAGUGAUCUCUGCCAUUUAUGCUCUGUGACCUGGGGCAGGGCAUGUCUCUUCAUAGAGGUUUAAUGUCAACUUGGAAAGAAGUAUCUAGAAGUGUGCCCCAGGGAUUUAUGCUUGGUCCUGGACUAUAACAUUUUUAUCAGUGACUUAAAGUCAUAGGUGACAUGUUUGUCAGAUUUUCAGGUGACAGAAAGCUCAGAGGGGGAAGCAGCCAACACUUUGGAUCACAGAAUUUUAAAAGCUAUUGAAAGGCUAGAAUGUUGGGCCAAAUCUGAUGACAUGACAUUUGAUGAUUACUUGUGUAAAAUCUUAUCAUUGAUUUUUAAAUAGCAGUUUCACCAAAGACAAGAUGGGGCAAACAUUUAGACAGCAUUUUGUCUGAAAUCUGGAUGUUUUAACCUAUAUUGCAGGUUCAAUAUUAAUAUUAUGGGUAGAAUUAAGAAGGUAAUUGUCCCACAGUCUUUGUCAGACCACACAUGCAGUUCUGGGCUCCACAUUUUAUGGGGUGGCCAUUGAUACUGAGAGAACAGCCAAGAUGUUGAAGGACCAUGAAGUUGGCUGAAAAAUGACAAGAUGGUUAUUUUGAAAAUAAAAGACUUAGCAAGGAAAUUAUAA